AUGGAUGCCGUAAUUCCUCUGAUCAACGACCUCCAGAAUGUUUUCAACACUGCUGGUGGUGACCUUGUUGAUCUACCACAAAUCAUUGUCGUCGGUUGUCAAAGCUCAGGAAAGUCCUCAGUUUUAGAAGCAAUCGUCGGACGUGAUUUCCUUCCACGUGGUGCAGGCAUCGUCACAAGAAGACCACUUGUACUUCAGCUUGUUCACGUUGGUCCAAAUGAUGAGCAAUAUGGAGAAUUUUUACAUUUGCCGGGCAAGAAAUUCAAGAACUUCUCAGAUAUCAGAACAGAAAUUCAAGCAGAAACAGACAGAUCAACAGGCAGCAAUAAAAAUGUAUCGAGCCAACCAAUCAAUCUUUGCAUUCGCGAUUCUUCUGUACCAAAUCUUACAAUGGUCGAUCUUCCAGGUUUAACAAAGGUUGCUGUUGCUGACCAAGACAAAUCCGUUGUAGAGAUGAUUCACGGCAUGGUUAUGCAGUUCGCAAUGAAACCUUCUUCAUUAAUCCUUGCUGUUACACCUGCCAACCAAGAUCUUGCAAACUCAGACUCAUUACUUCUCGCCUCUCAAGUUGAUCCUGCCGGCGACCGUACAAUUGGUGUCUUAACAAAAGUUGAUCUCAUGGACGCAGGUACAGACUGCGGAGCCAUCCUUAGAGGUGAGGUUAAGCCCCUUAAGCUCGGUUACAUCGCUGUCGUUAACCGUUCUCAGCGUGAUAUCGAUAAUAAUCGUCCAAUGAAGGAUGCACAGAGAGCAGAGCUUGAAUUCUUCGAAAAGCACCCAGUUUACAAGCACAUGACCGAAAAAUGCACUACCAAAGUCUUGGCGAAUACUCUCAACAGACUUCUUGUCGAUCAUAUCAAGAAAUCCUUACCAUCUCUCAAAACCCGUGUUGCCUCCCUCAUCGAAGAUAGAGAGCGUGAACUUCUCCGCUACGGUGACGAUCCAGCGAAGGACGGAUUAAAUCCAAACGAGCUUAUCAUGACAAUUAUUCAGAAAUACGUUCAGGGCUACGAAGACCUUAUUGCCGGUAAGGUUGGCAACAAGAUCGAUAACGAACUUCGUGGUGGUGCCAGAAUUAACCGUAUUUUCCAAGAUAAGUACGAAACAAUGAUCGCCGAGAUCCCAUCCAUGUCUACUCUCGAUCUUAAAGACGUCUACAACCUCAUUCUUAACCAAUCCGGUGUCAGAUCCCCACUUUUCGUUCCUCAUCAGGCAUUUGAGUCAUUAAUCCGCAGAUGGAUCGAAAAUCUCCGACCACCAGCCCUCAAAGCCAUUACUCUUGUCGCUAACGAAAUUCUCCAGAUCCAUGCCAACGUUAUAUUCCCUGAACUCGAGAAAUACCCACAAAUGAAGGACGCAAUCCGCAAUGUCGUUGAAGAUCUCGUGAACUCAUGCGUAGAACCAACAGUACAGUUCGUCAACGAUGUCAUGGACAACGAAUUACUCUUCAUUAACACCGCCAGACACGAUUUCAGAGGUGCAGCCAUCAUUGCAGAGCGUCAGAACAGAGAUAACGCACCAACAAAGAAGACAGAGAGGGAAAUGGCCGAAGAUGUCACAAAGACACUCGUAAUGCUCGCUUCAAGGUACUUCGAACUCGUCAAGACACAGAUUGUCGAUGUCAUUCCAAAGGCAGUCAUCAUGAUGCUCGUAGAGGGUUCUUCAAAGACACUGAACGAGACACUCCUCAAGAAGAUUCUCACGUCUGGAAUGGCAAGCGAGAUAAUGCGCGAGGACCCCAAUAUCACAAAGAACAGAAAGAAGUGCCAGGAUACUUUGGUGGCACUAAGAAAGGCAAACGAUAUCUUACAGAACGCUUCCAAAUUCCGUAUUUAA